CCCCGGCGCGUCGCAGUUGCUAUGGAAGGUGCCGGAAGGGCGGGCCCGCGGUUUGGUGGAGCCGCCGGCCGGGGCGAUGGAGGCGAGCGGCGGGUGUGGCUGGGUUUGAGGGGGAGUCGCGGCCGUCUCUCUCGCCGGCAGGUUGAUUCUGCUUUAGGAUAAUGGCAGGAAAAGUAAAGUGGGUAACUGACAUAGAAAAAUCUGUUCUAAUAAACAACUUUGAAAAAAGAGGCUGGAUUCAGGUGGCAGAAAAUGAAGACUGGAAUUUUUACUGGAUGAGCGUACAAACAAUCAGAAAUGUUUUCAGUGUGGAAACUGGUUACCGCCUCUCCGAUGACCAGAUUGUCAAUCAUUUCCCAAACCACUAUGAACUGACCAGAAAAGAUUUGAUGGUAAAGAAUAUCAAGCGAUACAGGAAAGAACUUGAGAAAGAAGGAAGCCCUCUUGCAGAAAAGGAUGAAAAUGGGAAAUAUAUUUAUUUGGAUUUUGUUCCUGUUACUUUUAUGCUUCCGGCCGAUUAUAAUCUCUUCGUUGAAGAAUUCAGGAAAAAUCCCUCCAGCACUUGGAUUAUGAAACCUUGUGGCAAAGCUCAAGGAAAAGGAAUAUUUCUAAUCAAUAAACUCUCCCAAAUUAAAAAAUGGUCUCGAGACAGCAAAACGUCUUCGUUUGUAUCUCAGUCUUCCAAAGAAGCCUAUGUGAUUUCUCUCUAUAUUAACAAUCCAUUACUUAUUGGUGGAAAGAAAUUUGAUCUUCGUCUGUAUGUUUUAGUAUCUACAUAUCGUCCCCUGAGAUGUUACAUGUAUAAACUUGGAUUUUGCCGGUUUUGCACAGUAAAAUACACACCAAGUACAAGUGAACUGGAUAACAUGUUUGUACAUCUUACAAACGUUGCCAUUCAGAAACACGGGGAUGAUUACAAUCAUAUCCAUGGAGGCAAGUGGACAGUGAGUAACCUGCGCCUGUAUCUAGAAAGCACACGUGGAAAGGAAGUCACAAACAAAUUAUUUGAUGAAAUUCACUGGAUAAUUGUGCAGUCACUGAAGGCUGUGGCGCCUGUAAUGAAUAAUGAUAAACACUGCUUUGAGUGUUAUGGAUAUGACAUUAUCAUUGAUGACAAGCUUAAACCAUGGCUAAUUGAGGUUAAUGCUUCCCCUUCUCUUACUUCCAGUACUGCUAAUGAUCGAAUCUUGAAGUAUAAUCUUAUUAAUGACACACUUAACAUUGCUGUGCCUAAUGGGGAAAUUCCAGACUGUAAAUGGAAUAAAUCUCCACCAAAAGAAGUUCUUGGCAAUUAUGAAGUCCUAUAUGAUGAAGAGAUGGCACAAAGUGAUGGUCCUGACCGUGACUUGCGAAGUCGUCCUGGGCAAUCCACUGGAGUAAAAGGAAAUCGUGCAAGAGAUUCAGGAAAGCCUGUACUGACCACCUGGAAGUGAUAACAGGAGAAACGGCUGCAGUUGUGGUAGGAAGGCAUCAUGAACAAAAAUGCAGGUUUUGAACAGAUUCGUCUACUUUGCUACCUUGCAUAUGGGAACUAUUAAAAGAGGACAGUACAGCUGUUGAAAAGAAGUAAAACAAACAAUCUAAAAGCAGGAACUGUACUAGACAUACAUUGAUUUAAUGAUUAUUCCAAUAAUUAUAUGUAUAGUGUGUAUGUAUAUAUGAUUAUUUUGUACAUACGUACUUUGUAUAUACUAAUAUUCUCCCAGUAAUGAUUGAGAACUUUCUUUAUAAAGAUGAUAACUCAAAAUGUGCAUUCUGAAAGAAACCCCCUGCUGUUCCGAAUAUAAUUUAUUUCCUCUGUAACCUGUCCCUAGCUCCCUAUAAUAAAUGAGCUGUGGAUUCUGUAAGAGUGUGGUGUGGUGAGUGUUAAUAUUGUUACAUGAGGGUUUAGAUUCUUGCUAGUAAAAGAAGAGAAACUAGGAAAAAGAGUAUUGGACUUGAGGCUAUUGUCAGUUAAGGCAGCUAAUGCUUUACAAUUAGUAGUAAUAAACUGAAAAGCAAUUCUUUAUAUGCUGAGGAUUUUUGGUUUGGUUUUGGUUUGGUUUUUAAAUUUCCUUUAAUUGUUUUGAGCUGCUAACUCUUUAAAGGUAGAAAGUUUCAUAGGCAGAGGGAGUGUUUCAAAUGGUAUGUUGAUGCACUUUUUGACUAGCCAUUAAUUUUUAUUUCAAGGUGAUGCAUGCCUGUAGAGAAACAGAACAGUAACAAGCUGUAAUAAAUCUCAUUGCUUGAAGCGGAUGAGAAAUCCUUAUUUGCACCAGUAACAUGAGAAUAUCUUUGCGUAAUUGUGCUUGUAUAUAAGUAAAAUAUAUGUAUAUUUUUGUGUGAACUAUAACAAGAAUAUUGUUGCACAUGGUAUUGCUGGUAGCUAUGAUAACGAACGUUGUGAUGAUUAGCUACCAGAAUGUAUAGAGCAAAAUUUAAAAAUAGGUAUUUCAGUCUUCUAACAGUGUAGCAUAUAAAUAAACUAGUUGGGUGUGUGAUUGGC